GCCAAAUGUUUGGUAUAAAAACACACGAAACUUUGGUUUCAGUUUCCUCAUCAAAUCAAUACACCUUCUACCUUUCAACUACCCACACGUGACUCUCUCUCUCUCUCUCUCUCUACACAUGAGUCUUCGUUCAAGACUUCUCGGCGACGUCAACUCGUCGACGAAAGAACCGGACAACUCAUCGAACCCGAGCUCGCUCGACCAAGACUUCGUUGUCAUCCUCGCCGCCCUCUUGUGCGCCCUAAUCUGCGUCCUCGGCCUCGUCGCCGUCGCUCGCUGCUCCUGGUUCCGCCGCAUCUCCGACAGAGCAGCCGGCCGCUCACCUACUCCGCCGCCGCCGGCGAACAAAGGCCUCAAGAAGAAAGUCCUCAAUUCCCUCCCGAAGCUCACUUACAACGCCGUCGAACACGCCGGUAAAUUCUCUGACUGCGCCAUUUGCUUGGCGGAGUUCGUCGCCGGAGACGAAAUCCGAGCGUUGCCGCAGUGCGGCCAUGGAUUCCACGUGGCUUGCAUCGACACGUGGCUGGGAUCUCAUUCUUCGUGCCCGUCGUGUCGUCAGAUGUGCGUGGCCGCCUCCAGGUGCCAGAAGUGCGGUGGAUUCCCGGCGGCCGGAGCUAGAUUGGAUCAUCAACGGAGGAUAGACGAUGUGAAUACUUUCUUACCUUAGGUUAAUUAAUAAUUACAGUGGUUAUUAGUAAGUACUCCCUCCGUCCCAGUUUGUUUGUCCUCUUUUUGACUUUUUGAGAGCGUUUGACUUCUCAAAAAAUUGUCUAUAAUUUUCAAUUCGUAAUGUUUUUAAUAUGCAAUAUGGAUCUUGUUUGAUA